AUGACUGAGGAGGAACUGGAGGGCAAGCUGGGAAAAAUUCCCAAGGAACGCAGACUGAAGUACAUGAAAAGAGAAACCCCCGAAGAAAUCAAUAGGAAGAUGAAAGAGGGGGGACUGGUAGACAUCGACGAGCCGGACGGUUUAGUGCCGCUAAUAAUUCCUACGGAUGGAACGGCCGUCCCCAACCAGUACAUUGCCCGUCUUCGGCCUGGUUGUGAAUACGAAGAAAGUUGGCACGCACGUGGUUUUUCCAGUCCUGCAGACGACCAGGGUCAUGGUACCCAUGUAGCCAGUACCGUAGGUGGCGCCACCUAUGGAGUAGCCAAGGAGGUGAACCUCAUCCCCGUCAAGGUAUGCGAUGAGAAUGGCGCGUCCCUCAACGACGCCGUGAACGCGGUAUUGGAUGUAGGCAUCCCAGUGGCAAUCAGCGCUGGGAAUCACAACCCGUCAGAUCCGAACGAUGAGACUGAUUCGUGUAAUGCAUCCCCGGCAAGCGUAGAAGGGGCCCUCACAGUUGGCGCCACAGACGAAGAUGAUUUCUUGGCGGAUUUCAGUUUCUUCGGAAAGUGCGUCGAUAUCUACGCUCCAGGGUCGAAAAUCAUGGCCGCCGACUUCCUAGACAUUCACGGUUCGACAGAGAAAAGCGGAACGUCGAUGGCCGCACCCCUCGUCGCAGGUGCGAUUGCGGGCAUGCUGCAGGUGUUUCGCGAUGCUGGGUACUUCACGGCACCGUCGCAAGACGUUGUGGACAACAUAAACCAUUACAUCAUCGAGUUCGCGGAGAAGGGUACCGUGCUUGGACUCCGGGCGUUGAACAACAACAACGUUAUGCUUCAGACCCCCUGUCUGUAUACUGUGUAA